CGUGUCAGUGUGCUCGGCCUGAUUCGCAACAUCAUUGAAAGUUUAAAUACCAAGCGCUCAUCAAACCAUCUUUACGCUCCUUCUUGCACUGACGGCGCUUUGUUCGUUUGCAGACGCGUCUUCUUGAGCUCCUCGCAGUGCAGCCAUGGGCGAUGCGGAGAUGUCCGUGUUUGGGGCGGCCGCCCCCUACCUGCGGAAGUCGGAGAAAGAGCGCAUGGAGGCUUCCACUCGUCCCUUUGACAUCAAGAAGGAGUGCUUCGUCCCCGACCAGGUGGAAGAGUUUGUGAAGGCUUCCGUCACCGGCCGAGACGGAGACAGCGUGACUGUGCAGACGCAGCAUGGCAAGACUUUGACCGUCAAAGAAUCCCAGAUUCUGCAACAGAAUCCUCCAAAAUUCGACAAGAUUGAGGACAUGGCGAUGUUGACUUUCCUCCAUGAGCCCGCCGUGCUGUUUAACCUCAAAGAGCGUUAUGCAGCGUGGAUGAUCUACACGUACUCCGGGCUGUUCUGUGUCACUGUCAACCCCUACAAGUGGCUGCCAGUCUACAACCAGGAGGUGGUGGUGGCCUACAGGGGAAAGAAGAGGAGUGAAGCUCCCCCUCACAUCUUCUCCAUCUCUGACAACGCCUACCAGUACAUGCUGGCAGAUCGGGAAAACCAGUCAAUUCUGAUCACCGGAGAAUCCGGUGCAGGAAAGACCGUCAACACAAAGCGUGUCAUCCAGUAUUUUGCAAGCAUUGCAGCUGGGGGCGGCAAGAAAGACGCCAACGCCAAAGACAAGGGUACCCUGGAGGAUCAAAUAAUCCAAGCUAACCCCGCUUUGGAGGCUUUUGGGAAUGCCAAAACAAUCAGGAAUGACAACUCCUCCAGAUUUGGUAAAUUCAUCCGAAUUCACUUUGAUACGAGGGGAAAGUUGGCCUCUGCUGAUAUUGAAACGUACCUUCUGGAAAAAUCUCGUGUGACCUUCCAGCUUAAGGCUGAGAGAGAUUACCACAUUUUCUACCAGAUUCUGUCCAACAAGAAGCCGGAAAUCCUGGAGAUGCUGUUGAUCACAAACAAUCCCUACGACUACGCCUUCAUCUCUCAGGGGGAAACACAAGUGGCCUCCAUUGAUGAUGCAGAUGAACUGAUGGCCACCGAUAACGCAUUUGACGUGCUGGGCUUCACACAAGAGGAAAAGAACUCAGUGUACAAGCUGACAGGCGCCAUCAUGCACUACGGGAACAUGAAGUUCAAGCAGAAGCAGCGGGAAGAGCAGGCGGAGGCUGAUGGCACUGAAGAUGCUGACAAAGCAGCUUAUCUGAUGGGCCUCAACUCCGCCGACCUCAUCAAAGGUCUCUGCCAUCCGAGAGUUAAAGUGGGGAACGAGUGGGUCACCAAGGGACAAAACGUUGCCCAGGUGUACUAUGCCGUUGGAGCGCUAUCCAAGGCCGUUUAUGAGAAGAUGUUUCUGUGGAUGGUCGUUAGGAUCAACCAGUCAUUGGAGACCAAGCAGCCUCGCCAGUACUUCAUUGGUGUCUUGGAUAUCGCCGGAUUUGAGAUCUUUGAUUUCAACACCUUUGAGCAGCUGUGCAUCAACUUCACCAAUGAAAAGCUGCAACAGUUUUUCAACCAUCACAUGUUUGUGCUGGAGCAGGAAGAGUACAAGAAAGAGGGCAUUGAAUGGACUUUCAUAGAUUUCGGUAUGGACUUGCAGGCGUGUAUCGACCUGAUUGAAAAGCCCAUGGGUAUCAUGUCCAUCCUUGAAGAGGAGUGCAUGUUCCCCAAAGCCAGCGAUGCCACCUUUAAAGCUAAGCUGUAUGACAACCACCUGGGGAAAUCCAGCAACUUCCAGAAGCCCAGAAUUGUCAAAGGGAAACCAGAAGCCCAUUUUGCCCUGAUCCACUACGCCGGAACUGUUGACUACAACAUCAACAACUGGCUGGUGAAGAACAAGGACCCUCUGAAUGAGACCGUGGUUGGACUUUACCAGAAGUCUACUCUGAAAUUAUUGGCGCUCCUCUUUGCUAACUACGCUGGGGCUGACUCAGCUAUGAGUGAAGGCAGUGAAGGCAAGAAGGAGAAGAAGAGGAAGGGUUCAUCUUUCCAGACUGUGUCAGCCCUUCAUAGGGAGAACCUGAACAAGCUGAUGACCAACUUGAGGUCCACUCACCCCCACUUUGUACGCUGCAUCAUCCCCAAUGAGACCAAGACUCCUGGAGCCAUGGAGAACCCUCUGGUGAUGCACCAGCUGCGCUGUAACGGCGUGCUGGAAGGCAUCAGGAUCUGCAGGAAGGGCUUCCCCAACCGGAUCCUCUACGGAGAUUUUAAACAGAGGUAUCGCAUUUUGAAUCCCGCUGCCAUCCCCGAGGGACAGUUUAUUGACAGCAGGAAGGGAGCUGAGAAGCUCCUUGCAUCUCUGGACAUCGAUCACAACCAGUACAAGUUUGGUCACACCAAGGUGUUCUUCAAAGCGGGACUGUUGGGUCUCCUGGAGGAGAUGAGAGAUGAGCGUCUCUCCAAGAUCAUCACCGCCAUUCAAGCUCGAUCUCGAGGUGUUUUGUCUCGUAUUGAGUAUCAGAAGAUGGUGGAACGCAGAGAUGCGUUGUUGGUGAUCCAGUGGAACAUCCGCUCAUUCAUGGGGGUCAAGAAUUGGCCCUGGAUGAAGCUCUUCUUCAAGAUCAAACCCCUCCUGAGAUCGGCUGAAGCGGAGAAGGAGAUGGCCAACAUGAAGGAAGAAUUCCUGAAGUUGAAAGAAGCGUACGCCAAGUCUGAAGCACGUAGGAAGGAGCUGGAAGAGAAGAUGGUGUCUCUUCUCCAAGAGAAGAAUGACCUGCAGCUCCAAGUUCAGGCUGAGCAAGACAAUCUGUGUGAUGCUGAGGAACGGUGCGAGGGGCUGAUAAAAAACAAAAUCCAGCUGGAGGCAAAAGCCAAGGAGCUAACGGAAAGACUGGAGGACGAGGAGGAGAUGAAUGCUGAACUCACAGCAAAGAAGAGGAAGCUAGAGGAUGAAUGUGCGGAGCUGAAGAAAGACAUUGAUGACCUGGAGCUAACACUUGCUAAAGUGGAGAAGGAGAAGCAUGCCACUGAGAACAAGGUGAAGAACCUGGUUGAAGAAAUGGCAGCUUUGGAUGAAAUCAUCGCCAAGCUGACCAAGGAGAAGAAAGCCUUACAAGAAGCUCAUCAGCAAACCCUGGAUGACCUCCAGAGUGAAGAAGACAAAGUCAACACUCUGACCAAGGCCAAGUCUAAGCUGGAGCAGCAAGUGGAUGAUCUUGAAGGGUCGCUGGAACAAGAGAAAAAGGUUCGCAUGGACCUUGAAAGAGCAAAGAGGAAGCUGGAGGGAGACUUGAAGUUGACCCAAGAAACGGUCAUGGACCUGGAAAACGACAAGCAGCAGCUGGAGGAACGUUUGAAAAAGAAGGACUUCGAAAUGAGUCAGCUCAAUGGCAAAAUUGAAGAUGAGCAAGCCGUGAUCGCUCAGCUUCAGAAGAAGCUGAAGGAGCUUCAGGCCCGUGUCGAGGAGCUGGAGGAAGAGCUGGAGGCAGAGCGAGCCGCUCGAGCCAAGGUGGAGAAGCAGAGAGCAGACCUGGCCAGAGAGCUGGAGGAGAUCAGCGAGAGGCUGGAGGAAGCCGGUGGAGCGACGUCCGUCCAGAUCGAGAUGAACAAGAAGCGGGAGGCCGAGUUCCAGAAGCUGCGCAGAGACCUGGAAGAGGCCACUCUGCAGCAUGAAGCCACUGCAGCCACACUGAGGAAGAAACAAGCUGAUAGUGUUGCCGACCUGGGGGAGCAGAUUGACAACCUGCAGAGAGUCAAGCAGAAACUGGAGAAGGAGAAGAGCGAACUCAGGCUGGAACUGGACGAUGUCGUUUCCAACAUGGAGCAGAUUGCAAAGUCUAAGACCCACUUGGAGAAGACCAACAGAACUCUGGAGGAUCAAAUGAAUGACUACAGGAAUAAAUGUGAUGAAUGCCAAAGAUCCCUGAAUGACUUCAGCACACAGAAAGCCAAGCUUCAAGCUGAGAACGAUGAGUAUUCCAGACAACUGGAGGAGAAAGACUCUCUCAUUUCCCAGCUGACAAGAGGAAAGAAUUCUUACAACCAGCAACUUGAAGAUCUCAAGCGACAACUCGAGGAGGAAAUCAAGGCCAAGAACGCAUUAGCGCAUGCCGUGCAGUCUUCUCGCCACGACUGCGACCUGCUCAGAGAGCAGUACGAGGAGGAGCAGGAGGCCAAGGCUGAGCUGCAGCGUGGCAUGUCCAAGGCCAACUCUGAGGUGGCUCAGUGGAGAACUAAGUACGAAACGGACGCCAUCCAGAGGACUGAAGAACUGGAGGAAGCUAAGAAGAAGCUGGCUCAGCGUCUGCAGGAUGCUGAGGAGGCUGUGGAAGCGGUGAAUGCUAAAUGUUCCUCUCUGGAGAAGACCAAACACAGACUGCAGAAUGAGAUUGAAGACCUCAUGGUGGACGUGGAGAGGUCAAACGCUGCUGCUGCUGCUCUGGACAAGAAGCAAAGGAACUUUGACAAGAUCGUGUCUGAGUGGAAACAGAAGUAUGAGGAGUCGCAGUGCGAGCUGGAGGGCUCUCAGAAAGAAGCCAGAAGUCUCAGCACCGAACUGUUCAAGUUGAAGAAUUCCUACGAGGAGUCCCUUGAUCAACUGGAAACUGUCAAGAGAGAGAACAAGAACUUACAGGAGGAGAUCUCGGACCUCACCGAGCAACUCAGCGAGGGAGGAAAGACCGUUCAUGAGUUGGAGAAGGUUCGUAAGCAGCUGGAGCAGGAAAAGAGCGAAAUUCAGUCUGGUCUCGAGGAAGCCGAGGCCUCCCUGGAGCAUGAGGAGGGAAAGAUUCUGAGGGCCCAGCUUGAGUUCAACCAGAUGAAGGCGGACAUGGAGCGCAAACUAGCUGAGAAGGACGAGGAGAUGGAGCAGAGCAAGAGGAACCUGCAGAGGACUGUGGACACCCUGCAGGGUUCACUUGAAGCCGAGUGUCGAAGCAGGAACGAGGCCCUUCGCUUGAAGAAGAAGAUGGAGGGCGACCUCAAUGAGAUGGAGAUCCAGCUAAGUCAGGCCAACAGGCAGGCAGCUGAGGCUCAGAAACAACUCAAGUCUGUUCAUGCGCACCUGAAGGAUUGCCAAAUCCAGCUGGAUGAGUCUCUUCGUGCCAACGACGAUCUGAAGGAGAACAUCGCCAUCGUGGAGAGACGUAACAACCUCAUUCAGGCUGAGCUGGAAGAGCUGAGGGCUGCUCUCGAGCAAACGGAGAGAAGUCGCAAACUUGCUGAGCAAGAGUUGCUGGACGUUAGCGAGAGGGUGCAGCUGCUGCACUCACAGAACACUGCUCUGAUCAACCAAAAGAAGAAACUGGAGGCAGAUGCAUCCCAAUUUCAGAGCGAAGUGGAAGAAGCAGUUCAGGAGUGCAGGAAUGCAGAAGAGAAGGCCAAGAAGGCCAUCACCGACGCUGCCAUGAUGGCAGAAGAGCUGAAGAAAGAGCAGGACACCAGUGCUCACCUGGAGCGCAUGAAGAAGAACAUGGAGCAAACCAUCAAAGACCUGCAGCACCGUCUGGACGAAGCAGAACAAAUUGCCAUGAAGGGCGGCAAGAAGCAGCUGCAGAAGCUCGAGACCAGGGUGAAGGAGCUGGAGAGCGAGGUGGAAAUGGAACAAAGGAAAAACAGUGAAGCUGUGAAAGGUGUCCGCAAGUACGAACGUCGCAUCAAGGAGCUGACCUAUCAGACCGAGGAGGACCGCAAGAACCUUACUCGUCUCCAAGAUCUGGUAGACAAGCUGCAACUGAAAGUGAAAGCCUACAAGAGAGUCGCUGAGGAGUCGGAGGAACAGGCCAACGUCCACCUGGGAAAGUUCCGGAAGCUGCAGCAUGAACUGGACGAGGCUGAAGAGCGUGCCGACAUCGCCGAGUCUCAGGUCAACAAGCUCCGCGCCAAGAGCCGCGACGCCGGCUCCAAGAAAGGCUUUGAGGAAGAGUGAAGUCCGGAGUCUUGCCGUGUGAAGCAGCGUAGAUCCCCUCCACUACCACCAUCCACCACCUGUAGCGUCGAAUAAAACAUCAUCAAGCAUUAUUAGGAAACACUUGGACUCCUCAUUUUGUCCGCUGAUAGUUAGCACAGGUGCUCCUCGGGCUACGGGCUCAUACCGAAAUCAGCGCUUGACAAGAAUAAAGUCAAAAUAUUAAGAGAAAAAAGUUGCAAUCUCACAAGAAAAAGUCACGAUAAAUGAAGUCACCAUUUGACAGGAAUGAAAAAUCAUGUAAUGAGCUGAGAUACGAAAGAAAAAAUAUCUUCUUUAUUUCAGGUCAGAACUUUAGGAUCAACUUUGGUGGGGGAAAAAGUCCAAAUAUUACGAAAAGACAAUUGACAAAGAUUACUUAAGAAGAAGGUUGAAAUAUUUGGUAAAAAGAGCAAAGAGUGUGCAUUUUAAAUUGUAUUUUUUUAAAAGACAAACAAGAAAACAUAAACAACCCAAAACACAACAACAGCAAAAAUCUAAAAAUAAAGUCAAAAUGUUAAGAGAAAAAAAACAUAAUCUGACUAGAAAAAGUGGUCAUUUUAGGAGAAUAAAAGCCUAAUAUUAUAAGAAACAAACAGGCUGUUAUUUUUGGAUAUUUGGGUUGCAGAAAAAGUUGUAAUAUUAUGAAAAUAAAGUUAACAUAUUAUCGGAAUGAAGUCAUAAUGACCAGAAGAAAAUUGCAAAGAUGAAAGCUGAAAUAGUUGGAAAAUUGUAAAUAAAAUAACAGCAGAAAUGGAGAAUAAAGUCAAAAUAUUAAGAGAAAAAAGUCGCAUUGUAACGACAAGAGAAGAAAGAAUUUGCUAAGAAUGAACUGGUAAUAUUAUGAGGACAAAUUAUUUGAACAUUUUAGAGAAUGGAGUUGAAAUAUGUUUUAAAAAGACAUUUAAUAAAAGUCCUAAUAUUAUUAUAAACAAUAUGAUAUUAUGAUAAACACAAUCAAGUUGUAAUUUUUGGAAAAUUAUUUUGGGAAAAAACUUCUAAUAUGGGAAUAAAGUCAUACGUAAACAUCAUUUACAAAGAUUAUUUAAGAAGAAGGUGUCAAUAUUUUGGAAAAACAGCAGCAAAAAUGGGAGGAAAAAGGGCAAAGAGUUAACAAAAUGUUAUUUUUUUAAAAAGAAAAACAAGAAAGCUGCAAAACAAAACACAACAGCAGCAUAAAUGGAAAAAUCUGCAGUAAUUUUGUAAGAAUAAAAUAAAAAUAUUUCAAUAUUAUUUAUUUGCUUUGAUUUAUGUGUAAUGUUUAUAUAAAAGAAGUCACCAUUUUAUGAGCAUAAACUUUAGUAGUAGUACUUGUAGUAGUAGUAAAAUCUAGUAGCAUGCACUUGAAAUAUUCCCCCAAAAAUGUUUUUACGAGGCUUGAAUGGAAAAAGCCGUCCCGCAAGCCGAGGUGCCGGGAGGUCUGAGUUUCAGGGAGGGGGGAGAACAAAUCCCCCGAUCUUAAAAUAGAGUUAAUGAAAUCCCGUCAAGCAGGGCCUCAAGGUCACCAAUAAGGCACAUUCGAUCCCUCGCAGCUGCUCGGCCAAUCCCUGCUAACGCCUGACUCUUUCUCCAAAUGGCAACCAUGGAGGCUUUUACAGAAUCCAUCUGGAUGAUUUACAAAAUAAACCCUCAAAACAUCACUUCCAGUUUGCCCGUUCUGCAGUCAGAUUCAGUCUGGUCUAGUCCAGUCUGGUCCAGUCGAGUCUAGUCUAGUCUAGCCUAGUCCGGUCUGGUCUAGUCUAGUCUAGUCCGGUCUAGUCUAUUCAAGUCUAGUCUAGUUGUAGUUUUUGCACAUUUGGACAACAUUAAAGAACACCUUUAAUGUUGGUCUGUUGGUUAGGGUUAAGGGUUAAGGGUUAAGGGUUAAGGGUUAAGGGGUUCGACUAGACGAGAUUAGACCAGCUCUCGACUAACUAAUGAUGUGACUGAGAUGGGGGAGAAGAGGAAGCCCCCUGCAGGCAGUCAUGGUGUGAGGUUCUCUUGUUGCACAGCAUGUCCUGAACUCCCCAAGGAAAGCAGCAGGUGUCUGACAGCUAAUGAAAGACAAUUCACACCUCUUACAAAGAGGUGACGUGUGCACAGGGAAGAAGGUGUUGAGGAUUAACAGCAUCAAGUCCUGCAAGUGUUGGGACGUCCCAAGUGAAGAACAUGACAGUUUAACAGCUACAACACCUUUCAACUCCUAAAUCACGGGUCGCCAACCUGUCCAUCGCCAUCCAUCUUUGUGACUUUGCCGGUCCUGCCAAUAUGACGUUAUUCUUGUCUAAUGAUUGCUGAGGUUUCCAUUUUUGCUGUUGCUGUUUUUUGAGUUUUCCUGUUACAUUAUAUUUUUAGAAUGUGCCACGGCCUGACAAAAAAUGGUCCUUGAGUCACACUUCGGACACCCCUGAUUUAAGGGAUGUCCGCUAGGUGUCACUAGCAACACACAUGCCAGACUUCAUCUAUCGACAAUUAACCAUCGUCAUCAUUUUGGUGAUCAGGGGUGUUCAGAGGUGUUCAGGCAAUGGAGGCCUCGGGGAACACCCAGGACACGUUGGAGAGAAUGUCUCUCAACGGGUGUGGAAAACAGGUUUCAAUAUGCUCUAACUACCAAAAUAUUUUAUUUAUCAAUAAGGGAUCCUACUUCACGGGAAUUCAUUUAUCGUGGUCGGGUCUAUAAAUGAUUAACUGCCAUAAACGAGCGAUUGCUGUGCUCGCAUUUUUUUGGCCAUUUGCUGGUGGCCGUUGAACGUCACGUCUGUGGAAAGUCGUCUCUACUCAGAGAUCUUCUAACGCAAACGGAGGCAUCUUCAGUCACAUUUGGUCUGACAAAUAUGGCACUGCCAUGAAAUACAUCAACGUAAUCACGAUGCAGGAAAAACUAAAGCAUUUUUCCGUGUGUGCUCGCUACAGAUGACUAAAUGAUUCUGUGCAACGUAUAACAACAACAAAAAAAUGAAGCGACAGGAAGAAACCCAGAAAAGUAAAUCAAUUGUGAAAGCGACCAAAGCACCACACAGGUUGGUACGUGCGUGUGAGAAUAUAAAAAUCAUGUAGAAGUUUGACCUCUGAUCAGCCAUAUCUUCACUGGCUCUUCACCCCGGCCAAAGAAUCUCUCGCUUCCAUUUGGCAACGUGAGGCCGGCUGUCAGUAGGAGGGCCACUCACUUAUCCCAAUGGAAAUCAUCUCAGCACUUGUCAGCAGUUGUUGACCUUUUUUUAUCUCUUCGGCUCCCAAGGGGCCGCUAUUAGCGGCGCUCGGCCCCUCCAGUACUGUUACUAUGCAAGUUCAACCUGGUUAAAAAGCUGAAUGUGUGAAAAGGCGUGCUUGGAAGACAAAAUACAUUUUUACCUCCGCCAAGCGCAGCGCGGUGCUUGCGUUUUUGCUGGUGUUUAUCUGUUUGUGUUCCAAAUAACUUGAAAAGUUCUCGAUGGAUUUGGAUGACAUUUUCAGGAAUUGUUGCAAAUGGGAUAUGGACGAACUGAUUACAUUUUAGGGGUUGAUCCAAAAUAAAAAAAAUCCAAAUUAGUAUACUAUCAUUUUUAGCUAUUUUCAUGGGUAGACACGUAUAUAAACACUUAACGCUAUCAUGCUCUGUGUUUGCAUGCUAAUGUUAGCAUUGCUAGCAACAUUAGCAUACUAGCAUUUUUAUCCAUUUUCAUAGGUACACACUUAU